AUGGACCUGUUGCGCUCUCCGCACCCUCCGGAGAGCCGUUGUCAAACUGAGUUCAGAAAGUUUCGCUUCCCCGUUGCAUGAAUGGAUUUUAAAGAGCUUGGAGCUGAUUGCUCGGAGGGAGACACGGAGGAUCUGGACAGCGUCAAGGCGCUGACGGAGAAGCUGAAGCUGCAGACGCGCAGACCGUCCUAUCUGGAGUGGCAGGAACGGUUGCAGAGUCGCCCUUGGACGGACAGGAGCCCCACGGACUGUCCGGACUCCGCUGAAGGAGACGUUUCCAUGCCCACAAUUUUGAGAAAUGACAACUCAGAGCUUGUUGUGCGCAACAUAUGCGGCUUUGAUACCAUUGAUGAUGCGCUGGAGUUUCUGAGAAAAGAGCUGAGGGAGAUGCAAGUCCAGGACAACCGACUGGCCCGGCAGCUGAUCCGCCUUCGUGGGGAGAUCCACCGUCUGAAAGUAGAGCAGGUGUGCCACCGUCACAAGGAGAUGCUGGAUGAUGCCACUUACGAGUUGGAGGAGUGCGAAGAGGAGUCUGACCUACUGUGCGACAUCCCCAUGAAGGCCGCCUUUGCUCUCUCCACGCCUCUGAAACACCUAGGCCUCACCAAAAUGAACAUCAACUCCAGACGUUUCUCACUGUGUUGAAAAGGGUCAAAUUUUACCCACACAGCAACAGAUGUUCUCGUAUUUCUUCUCUGUGUUUGUACAAGGCAAGUCACUAGAGUUACUUCCUUUUCAAGAGCGGACUGGUGAGAGGCAGGCGGCAAUUGUUGCCAGCAGUGAAAAUGUCUGCCUUGAUUUGUGUCAGGGUAUGACAUGAAUGAGGAAGUAUCUAUAUACUCACCUGCAGAAGGCAUGCACACCUCUGCUACUGCCAGAACAUCCUGCUGGUCCGAGUCUGAUUCUGCUUUUUUAUACCACAGACUUGUCACAGAAACAAUAACUUUGAAUGGAUUCACUAUAUUGCCAAAAGCAUUAAGACAAACCUCCAAGUCCUUGAUUUAAUUUGUUCCAAACACCUCCAUGGCCACACCGAGGCAGCAAACUGGAUCUGCAAAUAUUUCUAGAGCAGUCUCAGGAUGUCAGUGAAGUCAAGCGUAGUACUGUGAUAGAAUCCUGCUUGGACAAAAGUCAAUUGUUUGGUGCAUCAGAAUGAAGUUAAAACAGUUUUGAGUAGACAACGUAAAAUCAUAAAAUCAGGCACAUAGUGUGUACAAGUUGUCACCUAUCUUGAGGAGUCAAUCUCUAUUUGCCUCUAGGCUUUAUGCGCCCUUCAGAGUAGAUUAAGAACCGUGUUUAGGGGCUUUUAAGGAAUGGGUUUCCAUGGACAAGAACCUCUGUCCAAGUAUAUAGUUAAACCUUCGGAUGUUGUGGUGUAAAGCAUGCAGCUGCUGGACUGGAAAAUCUCUGCUUGGCAGUGGCUAAUUUGCUCUGUCGAUCAUAUUUACAUGCCUUCCAGCACAUUGCUGGGCCUGGGUGUGAAGUCACCACCCAGAUUUGCCGCACUCUCCUCCAGAACCUCCGUAAAUCUGAAGUUCAGAUCUGCAACACACACAUCCAAAUGGCCUUAGCAACCAAAGCAGAACAGACACCUCAAGAAUCCCAGCGUUAAUUGAAAAGCUGUACAUGAAGAGAGGAUUCCUUAAACUUUGUGUUUCCUUUUAGUAUGCCCUGCAGAAUAAAUAUGAAGGAUCUGAUGUGUGUAGAUCUUUAUUCAAAGUAACCCCAGUGAAAAUGGUGUUUGUUAAAUCUAGAAUUGAUUAUAGGAGAUGGUCUGAGUGGGGAAGAUCUUGAAGGUUUUUUUGCUGUUGGAGGAGUUUGGGUUUGCCAGGGUUUGCUCUGUGUCAUGGAUAAAUAUUAGUGGUGGGGGUAUAAUGGGGCUAAGGAGCAACCCCAUUCAAUGAACCCCAUUAGGUUCAUUGAAGGUCCUCUCCGUGCUGCAGAAUACAAGCAUAUUUGGAUGCUUUCCCAUUCCAGCUUCACUGCCCACCAGAGCAAAAAUAAGAUCCAUGUACAUCAGUGAGUUUGGUGUAGAGGUACUUGACUGGCCUGAAAAGAGCCUUGACUAGAACUUGAUAGAGUUCGUUUGGGAUAAAUUAGAGUGAAGACUGAGAAGCAGAUCAUUGGGAAUGACCUCAGAAAUGUUCUCUUGAAAUCAAGGUCAAAUAUUUUCAUAAACACACUCUUAAACCUUUUGGAAAUAGUUUCUAGAGGAGUUAAGGUUGUUAAAUCUUACAUGCGUGGGGGAACUAUUUAAAUUGAUGUAAACGUCAUGGUGAGUAUCUGAAUACUUUUGGCAACACAUUGUAUCAUGUUAUUUAACUGAAACGUGACCCACCAGAGACAUUUUUUGUUUAUUUUCUCAAAGACCCAGGGACCAAUUAUUGGCAGAAUCUUCAAACAGAGAGGUAAAAUAUAGGUUUUGAAGCGAAAAGGAAUUUGGCCAUCAAAGCGGUGAAAGUGAGAUAGAAGACAAAAGGUCAAACUUUGUCUGAACUGGUUGAGGGUCGAGGCGCCAACAAGUUAGAUCCUUUCAGGCUGUCACAUGCUUUAAUGAAAUCAAAGAGCUCAGAGCCGGUGUGUAUUUGUUGGGCCCGGUAGAAUCAGAUAAAGAAAAUGCUCAGCGAGUUUCUAUGCUAAACAACGUCUCCUCACACAGCAGUACACUUUAAGCCUUCAUCAGUUUCUACCAGGAAGCAGGGGGUCACCCUCCUGAUUUUUUUACACCUCUCCCUCAUGGACCAAAAAUAUCUCUUCAACCUCAGCAUGGUUGUGACAAGAGCCACGAGGCUGUUUUGUUUCCCAGUGACAUGUUGAGAUGCUGCAGAGCACUGAUUGUAUAAAGCUGACCAAGUGUUGCUUUUUUCCCCUUUAGCACACACUCCCACCCAAGAUGAAUGAUUUGCUUUAUACUUAAGUAACAAAUGCACGACUGAUUACUUUUGCUCCUCGUAUACUGAUGUAUUUUAGUAAAAAGUAUAACAUUUAAUUCUAUGCAGAUUUUUGGUUGCUAAGUACUGAUGUAAAUGUAUCUACUAUGCAUGUGAGUAUAAAAGAAAAUACCUUG